AUGAUAGUAACUGAGUUCUCUAAGUUUUACAAUUUAAACUCCAAUACCGAGAUGAUGCUAACUGAGAUGGCCAAGUGUCACAAUACAAACUCCAAUACCGAGAUGAUAGUAACUGAGUUCUCCAAGUUUCACAAUACAAACUCUAAUACCGAGAUGAUAGUAACUGAGUUCUCCAAGUUUCACAAUACAAACUCUAAUAUCGAGAUGAUAGUAACGGAGUUGUCCAAAUCUCACAACACAAACACCAAUACCGAGAUGAAAGUAACGGAGUUGUCCAAGUUUCACAACACAAACUCCAAUACCGAGAUGAUAGUAACUGAGUUGUCCAAGUUUCACAAUACAAACUCCAAUACCGAGAUGAUAGUUACUGAGUUGUCCAAGUUUCACAACACAAACUCCAAUACCGAGAUGCUAGUAACUGAGUUGUCCAAGUUUCACAACACAAACUCCAAUACCGAGAUGCUAGUAACUGAGUUGUCCAAGUUUCACAACACAAACUCCAAUACCGAGAUGAUAGUAACUGAGUUGUGUAAGGUUCACAAAACAAACUCUAAUACCGAGAUGAUAGUAACUGAGUUGUCCAAGUUUCACAACACAAACUCUAAUACCGAGAUGACAGUAACUGAGUUGUCCAAGUUUCACAACACAAACUCUAAUACCGAGAUGAUAGUAACUGAGUUGUCCAAGUGUCACAAUACAAACUCUAAUACCGAGAUGAUAGUAACUGAGUUGUCCAAGUUUCACAAUACAAACUCUAAUACCGAGAUGAUAGUAACUGAGUUGUCCAAGUUUCACAAUACAAACUCUAAUACCGAGAUGAUAGUAACUGAGUUGUCCAAGUUUCACAAUACAAACUCUAAUACAGAGAUGAUAGUAACUGAGUUGUCCAAGUGUCACAAUACAAACUCUAAUACCGAGAUGAUAGUAACUGAGUUGUCCAAGUGUCACAAUACAAACUCCAAUACCGAGAUGAUAGUAACUGAGUUGUCCAAGUGUCACAAUACAAACUCCAAUACCGAGAUGAUAGUAACUGAGUUGUCCAAGUUUCACAAUACAAACUCUAAUACCGAGAUGAUAGUAACUGAGUUGUCCAAGUGUCACAAUACAAACUCUAAUACCGAGAUGAUAGUAACUGAGUUGUCCAAGUGUCACAAUACAAACUCUAAUACCGAGAUGAUAGUUACUGAGUUGUCCAAGUGGCACAAUACAAACUCUAAUACCGAGAUGAUAGUAACUGAGUUGUCCAAGUUUCACAAUACAAACUCCAAUACAGAGAUGAGAGUAACUGAGUUCGCCAAGUUUCACAAUACAAACUCCAAUACCGAGAUGAUAGAAAAUGAGUUCGCCAAGUUUCACAAUACAAACCUUAUACCGAGACGAGAAUAA